GCUCACACAGAGAAGACGCCCUUAGCAACAACACAGUUGGGUAGAAGAUACUUUGCCUGAAGGAGGAUUUAACAGUUCGCUAACACCGCGCUGACUUCAGCUGAAGAUUUAUGCGAAGAGGAGCUUGUUCCUACAGCAGACAUGGGGCUCGUGCGCAACUUCCUUCUUUUUAUUAGCUAGCUGUUUCUGAAGAAGCCGUCCCGAAGGAGGACGAAAUAGUCCCGGGGGCUCGAGGAGAGUGGGGCAGCAUCGCUGUUUUGCUAACUACCGAGUCAGCAAACCGGGACGGGAAUGGUGCUCUGGACCGACGCAUUGUACCGUCAGAGAAAGGCGAGGGGUUCGAGGACCAGGCCAGCGAGCUGUAAUAUUUGGACUCAAACUAUUUUUCCUCAAAGGGAGCGGCUUCAGUCCGCACCAGUGUUUUUUGUGGUCGUGCGAGCUAGCUAGCAGGCUAGCUGAGGGAAACGACCCCCACUGCCUGUUGAAAGCUUUUUUUUUCUCCUCCUCCCAGACUGCAGCGAAGGGUAACAUGAGAGUGACUCCACGAUGCUGGAUUUUUAAUAGAAACUAGGAAUCAUUGUUUAAUCAAAGAGAAGAGCUAAUUAACACUGAAAACAAAGCUACCACGUGAGCUGGGUUAUUUAAACAGCAACUUCACGAUUGUCGGACAAAAAAGACUUUCAAGGCAAACUAAGUUCAUGUUAGCUGAUUCUGCUAGCUGCUGCUCAUAGAGUAAACAUUUGGUAAAAAAAAAAAAAAAAAACCUAUCUGGGACUUUUCCCCCCACUUCGGAUGCUGGAGUCACACUGUAAUUGCAGUUAUGAUGAUAAUAAGCAGAAAACCAGAGGGCCCAAUAGCAACAGUGCGCCACGGUGACGGCCUGUACGAUUCGUACAUGAGGACAGACCACAUCCUAAAAGACGAAGCCGAUACAAACAGUCCUUCUGGGUUGCCCCCGAUGCCCAAACACACAGUUGUGAGUAAUAAAACUGUAAUGAAGGAUCAGGUGAGCGUACGAGGUGGCCAGCUGAAGGUCAAGCACCUGUAUGAAGACUCGACCAACAACCGUAAAAUCAACACCAUCACCACAACGAUCACUCAGAACGGUGGCAGUGCUGGUCAAACACCCACCAAGUCUGCCCCGGUCUCCUCUCUGUCUAAGGAACACAGUGUGGAAAGCAGUGAGUCCAGUAAAAGCUCCAGCAACUCCUCCGGCUCACACGGAGCUGUAAAGGGAGGAACCAAGGUUUACGCCCCGCUGACUCCCGACCAGGCUUUGAGACUUUAUCGACCCCAGCUCACGUCUCUGGAGCAGACAGAGAUCCACUCCUACCCGGGGAUUUACUUUGUGGGACCCAACGCCAAGAAAAGGCCCGCUGUAGCUGGAGGCAACAACAACUGUGGUUAUGAUGAUGAGCAGGGAGGUUACAUUCACGUUCCCCACGAUCACCUGGCAUACCGAUACGAGUUCCUCAAAAUCAUCGGUAAAGGCAGCUUUGGGCAGGUGGCUAAAGUGUACGACCACAAAAUGCAUCAACACCUGGCUCUGAAAGUGGUGCGCAACGAGAAGCGCUUCCACCGGCAGGCACAGGAGGAAAUCCGCAUCCUGGAGCACCUGCGCAAGCAGGACCGUAACGGCACCAUGAAUGUGGUGCACAUGCUGGAAAACUUCACCUUCCGGAACCACAUCUGCAUGACCUUUGAGCUGCUGAGCAUGAACCUGUACGAGCUGAUCAAGCGCAAUAAGUUCCAGGGCUUCAGUCUGCUUCUGGUCAGGAAGUUCGCUCACUCCAUCCUGCAGUGCCUGGACGCCCUGUACAGGCACAGGAUCAUCCACUGUGACCUGAAACCAGAGAACAUCCUGCUUAAACAGCACGGUCGCAGCGGCAUCAAGGUGAUUGACUUUGGCUCCAGUUGUUUCGAGCACCAGCGAGUGUACACCUACAUCCAGUCUCGUUUCUACCGAGCACCAGAGGUGAUCCUCGGCUCCCGUUACGGCCUCGCCAUCGACAUGUGGAGCUUCGGCUGCAUCCUGGCCGAGCUGCUGACGGGCCACCCGUUGUUCCCCGGCGAGGACGAGGGCGACCAGCUGGCUUGUGUCAUGGAGCUACUGGGCAUGCCCCCGCAAAAGAUUCUAGAGCAGGCCAAAAGAGCCAAAAACUUCAUCAAUUCCAAGGGCCACCCCCGCUACUGCGGAGUCAACACCCUGCCGACGGGGGCCACGGUUCUGACGGGGUCCCGCUCUCGCCGCGGCAAAACGAGAGGCCCCCCGGGCAGCAAGGACUGGAGUGUGGCGCUCAAAGGCUGCGAGGACCCCACCUUUACUGACUUCUUAAAGAAGUGUUUGGACUGGGACCCCUCGUCUCGCCUCACCCCCAGCCAGGCCCUCAGACACCCCUGGCUGUAUCACCGGCUUCCCAAACCCCUGCCCGAGACUGAGAAGAGCCACGGGGCCACUGUGAAACCACUCGUCGAGCACCACAGCACCUCCUUCCCCUCCAUCCUGGCCAAAGGGGGGUCGGGCUUAAGCACCACAGCUGCCGGCAACAAACUGAAGAGCAGCAUGAUGGGAGAUUCAGGGGAGGCCAUACCUCUUCGCACAGUCCUCCCUAAACUUGUCUCCUAAUAAAGAGAGAGUUCUCAAAGCUCCUCUUUGUCUCCAUGCGCUCCUCAGGAGGAGUCCGGAGAACGUGGUUUUAAAACUCGUUUGGUUGUUCCUUUUUAUUUGUUUUCUACUGAGAGGUGUCGACACCCCAGUUCCUGGUUUUAAUAUUAGCAAAACAUGAAAAGAUUCUGAAAUUUAAAAAAGCAUUAAAGCUUUUUUAUAUAUAAAUAUACAGUGACUGUAACUUUUCAGUUUACAGCCCGUUGACGACGUUUGGUUUAGAUGAUACUUUAAUGCCUUGUGUGAUCAGAACAGCUUUGGUAAAAAGAAAAUGUUUUUAACUUUGAUUUCACACGAGUGUUUUGUAAUUUAGCAAACAGAAAAUGCACACCUGCACUGUCACUUGCUCCAUUUUACACAGAACGCCGCCAUUUUCAUACGUGUGAAACUUGAAAAGGGCUACAGAGAUUAUACGUUUUUAUGUUAAAGUUCAGCUGGGGGGAAAAAAAUCAUGUUUAGUAUUUGGGCAAGGAUCCGUUCUUCACAGACUAUAAAUGUCUUUUAAACAGGUUUUACAGGACUGGCUUUUUUCCUCUUGAAUCAUGACAAAGGCAUUCAUUUUUGUCGAUCUUUCCUGCCGCCCUGGUGCUUGCGUGUCAGCUCAUCGUGUUACAGUAAUGUGUGUGUGUGUUUGCGUUAGUAGUGGCGCUACUGUCAAAAAGAAAAAGGGCACGAGACAACCUAUUUCCAGCCUUUACCCCCACGACCUCCUCUUCCUCCCGUAGAAAAGUGAGGACGAGACGGUUCUGGGAGAACAGCAGCGCUGCUCAAACUGUCACAAAGGUGUCACCGUCACGCUCGCUUCACGUGUUAAGCUGGUGCACGUAAACACGCGUGAGGUUGUUGAACAUGUGGAGGUUGGAUUCCAAAACAAACGGACAASGCGAGGCGAGGAUAGGGUUGUCUCAGGGUGUUAGGAGCAGGCCUGUCGCGCUAAAUCGAUUAAUUAAAGGCUAAAUUAAAACGAGGUCAAUCAAUUUCAUUAUGAGUGUCAUGGGUUGAAACAAACAAUAUCGUUUAUCGCGAUAAUUUGUGAUGCAACGUAGCCAUCGCCCAGCAAAAUUUGUUAUCGCGACAGGCCUAGUUAGGAGGAGCAGGUAUGUUUGAAUUUAAGCCCCUCCCCCUUGUUUCUCUCUAAUGGGGAGGGAGAGAGGUGUAGAUGACAGGCCCAGUGGUGGAAGAAAGGUUUCUAAAGGUACUGAAGAAUGAAGGGUUUCUCAGGGAAACAUCUUUUUUUUAUUAUUAUUUUAGUUUUGUUUUUAUUUUUUUCUGUGACUCUCAUAAAGAUGAACACGCAUGCAGUUCUGUCCACCAGGAGCAAGAGGCUGUUUCUGAUGUUCUGCAGUGUGUGGGGGGUAUGCAUGCGCCACAUUCUGACCUAGAUUCACUCAGCUCUAACCCCCUCUCACUCUGUCUCAUCAUGUAGGCCAGGGAACCUCUUUAACGUGCAUAACUAGUGAAUUCUGGUGCUGUCCAAACUAAACAUGAAAACAUGUCAGGUGCAUGUUGAUGUGGACCACACCGUUUUUAAAGAGUGCUUUCUCUCGUCCCUCGUAUUUCUAAAUGACAUCGUCAGGGAUUUUUAACUUGGUCUCCAUAUUGUUUUUUAUAAAUAUAUAAAUAUAACGAAACACAUAGAAGUGGUUUUUAAUGCUUUUCACUCCAGAUUAUCAAACGGAUGUAAAAACCUGAAGGAAGAGGAUACGGUGUGUUAACGUGUUAGGCUAAUGGUGUGUUAGUAGGCGGGUGCUUGGUGUUCAGCAUGAGAUCACAGCCUGUUAUAAGACUGACUAUAAGAUGAAAAAAAUGUACAGUAAUCAGAUGAAGUUGUGAUAGUUUCUUUUUCUAAAAAAAAUAAAAACUACUGUUUUAGUAAAA